AUGUCUGAAAUCAUUACCCGAGCGGAAGUUGCGAAGCACAACACCGAGGAGUCCCUCUGGUGUAUCAUCGACCACCAAGUCUAUGACUUAACGGACUUUGUGGACGCCCACCCCGGGGGCAGUGUGGUCCUUGCCCAGGUGGCCGGCCAAGACGCGACAACCGACUUUUACAACCUGCACCGCCAGGAGGUCCUAGAGAAAUACCGAGACCAGCUUUGCAUCGGCACGAUCGAGGGAGAAAAGUCCGAAGUCAUCGUGCCAACCCCCGGCGCCCUGAGCCCGGUGCCCUAUGCCGAACCAUUAUGGCUACGUCCUGAAUUCAAAUCACCCUACUACAAAGAGACUCACCGCCGCCUGCAAAGGGCAGUGCGAGAGUUUACAGAUAAGUACGUCACACCCGAGGCGCAAGAGAAGGAACGAGAUGGUACCUACAUUAGCCAAGAGCUCAUCAACCGCAUGGCCGAGACAAAUGUACUGGCCAUGCGUCUGGGGCCCGGAAAGCAUCUCCACAACCGAAGCCUGCUUGGCGGGGUCGUGGACGGCAAGGAGUUCGACUACCUCCAUGAUAUGAUCGUGACGCAAGAGUUGGUGCGGGCCAACGCCCGCGGCUUCCAAGAUGGUAAUAUGGCGGGCAUGGCCAUCAGCUUGACAGCAGUACAGCAAUGGCUGCGAGAUCCCAUUCUGAAAGAGCGGAUCAACGAGGAGGUCCUGUCAGGCCAGAAGAAGACUUGUCUGGCUAUCACUGAGGCCUUUGCCGGCAGCGACGUCGCGGGCCUGAAGACGACCGCGGUCAAGACUCCGGAUGGCAAACAUUAUAUCGUCAACGGUACUAAGAAAUGGAUCACGAAUGGCAUGUUCGCCGACUACUUCGUGACGGGAUGUCGAACCGAGAAGGGCUUCUCGGUGCUGUUGAUUCCCCGGGGCGAAGGAGUUGAGACUAAACCCAUCAAGACAUCAUACUCCACUGCGGCCGCCACUGCGUUUGUCCAAUUCGAGAAUGUCAAGGUCCCGGUUCAGAACCUCCUGGGCGAGGAGCACAAGGGAUUCAUUGUGAUCAUGAGUAACUUCAACCAUGAGCGAUUCAUGAUGGUGGCUGCUGUUGUCCGCAUGUCGAUGACGGUGGUGGAAGAGACCAUGAAAUGGUGUAACCAGCGCAUCGUCUUUGGCAAGAAGUUAAUCGAACAACCCGCCAUUCGCCAAAAACUGGCGCGAAUGAUCUCCUUGACAGAAUCUAACCAGGCGUGGCUCGAAUCCAUUGCCUAUCAGAUGUGCAAUAUGACCUACGCCGAGCAAGCAAAGCAUCUCGGUGGGCCCAUCGGAUUACUCAAGUCACACUGCACCCAGGCAGCGGGCGAAAUCGCUAGCCACGCCACGAAUAUCUUUGGAGGUCGUGGCAUCACCCAGUCUGGGAUGGGCAAGAUCAUCGAGAUGUUCCACCGCACAUACAAGUUCGACGCUAUUUUGGGCGGGACUGAGGAGAUCUUGGCGGACCUGGGUGUGCGGCAAGCGAUGAAGAACUUCCCCAAAGCAAUGCUUUAA